AUGCCUACUCACGUCCACUCCAUCGCGUCGCAAGACGUCCACUCCCAAAUCCAACAACUCAUCCACGAACUCGUCAACAUCAAAGACACAACCGGCGAAUUCCUCAUGACCCUCGCCGACGGCCAAAUCAUCGACACAAAAGGCUGGAACGACUGGGAAUGGACCCACGGCAUCGGUCUCUACGGCAUCUGGAAGUACUACGAGAUGACCGGCGAGGACAAGUACCUCCAGAUUAUCGAGGACUGGUUCAGCGCCCGCUUCAAAGAAGGCCACAAGGGCAAAAACAUCAAUACCAUGGCUGUUUUUCUAACGCUCGCGUUUGUCUACGAAAAGACCAAAAACCCUACGUAUCUUCCUUGGUUGGAUGCGUGGGCGGAGUGGGCUAUGCAUGAUCUCCCGCGUACCAAGUAUGGUGGUUUUCAGCAUAUUACCUACCUCGACGUCAACGAGCAGCAGCUUUGGGACGACACCCUCAUGAUGACAGUCAUGCCCCUCGCCAAAAUCGGUUUAGUUCUCAACAGACCGCACUACGUCGCCGAAGCAAAGAAGCAGUUCCUGCUCCACGUCCAGUACCUCUUCGACACAAAGACAGGUCUAUUCUUCCACGGCUGGACCUUUAAAGAUGGCGGACACAACUUUGCCGAUGCGCGCUGGGCAAGAGGAAACAGCUGGGUCACAAUUGUCAUCCCCGAAUUUCUCGAAUUGAUCGGUCUUAACGAUUCGGACCCCAUCGGUUCACACCUCAUCGCCACGCUAGACUCGCAAUGCGCAGCGUUGGCAAAGACACAAUGCGCAAACGGCUUAUGGCGCACUCUUCUCGACGUCCCUGAAGAAGAGGGUUCGUACGUGGAAGCUAGCGCGACGGCAGGUUUCGCGUAUGGUAUUCUCAAGGCAGAGAGGAAGAGGUAUAUCGGAAAGGAGUACUCUGAUGUAGCUGUGAAGGCGGUAAAGGCUGUGUUGGAGAAUAUUAGUCCAGAGGGAGAAUUGCUGAAUACUUCGUUUGGUACGGGUAUGGGACAUGAUUUGCAGCAUUACAAGGAUAUUCCCCGAACGAGUAUGCCUUAUGGACAGGCCAUGGCCAUGAUGGCCUUGGUAGAGUUUUUGAGGGCGUAUAAUUAG